AUGGAAAUUAUCAACAUCUUUAAGUUCUGGUACGGAAGCCAGGUCAACUGCGUGCGAUGGUCGGGAGCCAUGUCGCAACCAUACAGGUUGGAGUGCGGGGUGCGACAGGGGGGCAUAUCCUCGCCAACCCUAUUCAACCUGUAUAUGAAUGAUCUGACUGUGGCACUCUGUAGCACUCGGGUGGGUUGUCACAUAGACGGAAUUAACGUAAACAACAUAAGCUAUGCCGACGAUAUGGUGCUGCUGAGUGCCUCGGUGUGUGGCAUUAAGAGACUGCUGACUGUCUGUGGGGCAUAUGCCCAGGAACACGGAUUAAAAUAUAAUCCAAUAAAAAGUGAAGUCAUGGUCUUCGAGGCCCGAGGAAACAGUACGGGUGGGGUGUUUCCUGGUAUUAUGCUUAAUGGUACAGCUUUGCGUAGGGUUUCUAAAGUUAAAUACUUGGGACAUUUGCUGACCUCUGGCCUCGAGGACAAUGAUGACAUUGAAAGGGAACGAAGGGCGCUGGCAGUGCGGGCGAACAUGAUAGCUCGCAGGUUUGCACGUUGUUCGACAGAUGUCAAAAUUACACUGUUUAGAUCUUAUUGCACUUCCUUCUAUACGUGCAGCCUGUGGGCUGACUACACACAAAAGUCUUACGGUGCCCUUCGAGUUCAAUUUAAUAAUGCGUUUAGGAUGCUGAUGGGGCUGGGACGAUUCUGUAGUGCAUCAGGGAUGUUUGCUGAACAUCGGGUGGACUGCUUCUACGCUACGAUGCGUAAGAGAUGCGCAUCUCUGGUGCGUAGAGUGCGAUGCAGCGCCAACAGCGUCCUCAACAUAAUCGCGAGUCGGCUGGACUGUGUCUACAUCAGUCAUUGUUCCGCCAUUUCUCACGGAAUGGCGCAAUAG